AUGUCAGAUAAUAGUGACGGUAGUAGUCCAUCAAAAACACGUGCAUUUAAAAGAUCACGUUCGCCUGAUCAUUCACCAAUUCAUGAACGAAAAUCUAAAUUUGCUAAAAUUGAAUUGCAACAAGACAAUGCUGGUAAGGAUAUCAGUAACAAAGAAAAUCACACGAAUUAUAAACAAUCUGAAAUGGUUAUGGUAAAAUAUUCUUUAUCCACAUGUAAUAAUGAAGAAGAUGAUCAAGAUGAUGGUAUCAUCAUUGAUCAUCUGGAUUUAUCAUCUGUACCUUUUCCUUGGUAUCGUUCUCAUCCAUUAUGGUCAAAUAUGAUGGCGAAAACAUUUGAUGAAACAUACAAAUGUCAUUCAAAUUUUCUUGAUGCACAUCCAGCUAUAACAACUAAAAUGCGAUGUGUUUUAUGUGAUUGGCUUAUUGAAGUUGCAGAAGUUUAUCAUCUUCAUCGAGAAACAUAUCAUUUAGCUAUAGCUUAUAUUGAUCAGUAUUUGUGUAAUACAAAUAAUUUACCUAAAGGCAAACUUCAAUUAUUGGGUAUAACCGCACUAUUUAUUGCAGCUAAAAUAGAAGAAAUAUAUCCACCACGUAUAUCUGAGUUUGCAUAUGUUACUGAUAAAGCCUAUUAUGAAGGUGAUAUUCUUGAUAUGGAACUAGAUAUAAUGAAUGUAUUAAAUUGGUAUAUAAAUCCCAUGACAUCAAUAAGUUGGUUAUUAGCUUUUCUUCAAGUUGAAUCAGAAAUUGAAUUGAUGAAUAAUAGUUUAACAUCAUCACUAUCUCCAACAAAUGUUACACCAUCACAUCAUGAUCGUUGUAUUAAAAAACGACGUAUAUCAGUAUCAAGUAGUCAAAGACCGUCAUCAUCAGAGAGUGAAAUUUUGAAAACUUCAAUUUUAACAAAUGUACAUCGAACACCAAUGUUUCUUCAAACAUUUUCAUUAGCUGUUCGAUUACUUGAUUUUUGUUCACUCGAUAUUGAAUAUUCACAAUUUCCGAAGAAUGUAUUGGCUGCAACAGCUAUUCUUGCUUGCAGACCAAAUUGGCCUGUUGAACAGGUUACUUCUUUAAACGAUGAUGAUCUAUAUAUAUGCAGUGAUUGGAUGAAACCAUUUUUUGACGUACUUUAUUUUGGUCAAAAUCUAAUGUUAAUACCAGUUCCAGCAUCACGACCAUCACCUGCUGUACCUAUCGAUGAGAUUUAUUCAAUACAAAUACAUAAUAUCUCUUUGGAUUUACUUGAAAAUGUUUAUAAAAAACGUCCGAAAUUUAUUCCACCAGUGGCAAACAAUCGACCCUUUCGGAAUCUUGUCAAUCGUUUAUCAUGGUUACCAACACCACCAACAUCUUUAGAAAAGCAACAACAUGAAAUUAUUGUUAAUGAAGAAGAACAACUUCAAAUAGAAGAAGUCGUAUCAGUAUAA